CGACAUUGGGAAAACGUCGUCGACUCCCCAGUCCUCGAACUCCAGCCCCACGAAGUCAGAGACCGAGACCUUCUCAGAGCUGCAGCCCCGCUUUAUGACAGACUCGUCGGAGAGUGAGGAGGACAGCGUUUCAGAGCAUUGUAUCCCGAAAACUCCGUGUACUUCUGCAGACAAAUCUCAGUGUACCAGGACCCAGUUUCCUUGCCGUUAGCAUCUCCAUAGUCUUGCAUCAAGUUCUGAACGCCACACACCUCACCUCUUUAUCAUCGCAUAUGAGCACGCCCAUGCUUCUCAGUAGUCGACGACGUCGUUGAAUGUCGUCGCCGUUUGUAAACGUGCUCGACCGGACACGUGUGUCUGUGCCUUUGUACCCGAGCGCAAGAGAGAGAGAAUGAGAGGAUGGGCUGUACGCAUCGCAAGCAUGAGAGCGUAUCUGUACAGCAGCAAUACUAGCGUGCGGCUAAGUCGGGGGGAUAGAUAUGCGCCUGUGAAACGAGUCCCCGUUCAGCGUGAGAAAUAUAAGUGUAUCCAUUGGUGUCGGUUCUCUUUUCCCUGUAGCCGUGCGGUGCGCCACCGAGCGGAUCUCAUCGACGUCUGUAGAGAGAAGAGUGUAUUUGAUGUACCAGUGUACACUGCCAUGCACUAGUGUACACUGGAGUGUAAUAGUAUUGUACAUACUACUCGUGCACGUUCUUCGACGUCGUCGUCGUCGUGGUCGUGUCGUCGUCCGACGUCGACGUGGGGCCCAUGCGUGUACGCGACCAAUAACGAGGGAAGUGUCAGUUUCAUCCAACUUGGAAUGGCUGCACAUUGUUCAAGCUCUGUGUUUCUAGCUGGCAGCCACAGCACCAUUUGCUAGACGAGAUACUACACUUUCACCUGUGUUGCACCUUAACAUCAGCCGUGCCCCGUUGCUUAUUCCGUUAUUGUGCGAAAAUAAUGCUAGGGACUUCGACGUUUAUACGUACUCUGUGCUUGACUGACGUUUUUCAUCAGUAUUUCGUGACGACUAUUUGCUUGGGGUGGAGUGUUUUGCAAUCGAUCAAGCCGAGUUGGACGAGGAUCAUCAUCCUGAGAACUCCAAAUUUCUAUUGACCUCGGAAGACCCGGAGCGAUCGGUGGAUCCCGAAACUCAGGCGCGCUUAGAGGCUCUUCUUGAAGCGGCUGGUAUCGGCAAGUUGUCAUCCGGUGAUGGGAAGCACCUGGCCGAUCACGAGGUGCUUCGUCGCUUGACGUCCAGCGUGUCCUGUGCUUUGGAUGAGGCAGCAGCUGCGUUGACCCGUAUGCGAAGCGAUAACCCAAGAAGUCAGAACGAAAAGCGUUCCCUCGUGGAGGCUUGCACCGACGGCGACGUUGGUACUGUCAGGAAGCUCCUGACUGAAGGACGUAGUGUUCACGAAACCACCGAAGAAGGAGAGAGUUUGCUCUCUCUUGCUUGUUCAGCUGGCUAUUACGAGCUCGCACAGGUUCUUCUGGCAAUGAGUGCCAACGUGGAAGACCGUGGCAUCAAAGGGGAUUGUACCCCUUUGAUGGAGGCUGCCAGUGCAGGCCAUGUGGACAUUGUAAGCUUACUUAUAGCACACGGAGCUGAUGUUAACGCUCAAUCUACGUCAGGUAAUACUCCUCUGAUGUACGGGUGCGCUGGUGGUCAUGAAGAAGUUGUCAGGGUACUUUUGGAAGCUGGUGCUAACGUAGAAGACCACAAUGAGAAUGGUCAUACGCCAUUGAUGGAAGCGGCCAGUGCUGGACACGUUCCUGUGGCUAAAAUCUUAUUGGAGCAUGGCGCUGGCAUUAAUACUCAUUCCAAUGAAUUCAAGGAGUCUGCUUUAACGUUGGCCUGCUAUAAAGGUCAUUUGGAUAUGGUACGAUUUUUAUUGGAAGCCGGCGCAGAUCAGGAGCAUAAAACUGAUGAGAUGCACACAGCACUCAUGGAAGCGUCUAUGGAUGGUCAUGUAGAAGUUGCCCGGUUACUAUUGGACUCUGGUGCGCAUGUUAAUAUGCCAACGGAUAGCUUUGAAUCGCCGUUGACACUGGCAGCGUGCGGAGGCCAUGUAGAUCUGGCGAUGCUUCUCAUUGAAAGAGGAGCUAAUAUUGAGGAGGUCAAUGAUGAAGGUUACACCCCCUUGAUGGAAGCGGCAAGGGAAGGUCACGAAGAGAUGGUUGCUUUACUUUUGAGUCAAGGGGCGAUCAUCAAUGCCCAAACGGAGGAGACUCAAGAGACAGCUCUCACGUUGGCUUGCUGUGGAGGUUUCCUAGAAGUUGCAGACUUCCUGAUAAAAGCAGGAGCGGACAUUGAAAUGGGUGCCUCCACACCUCUCAUGGAAGCAGCCCAAGAAGGACAUUUAGAUCUUGUUCGAUAUUUACUUGAGUCCGCGGCCGACGUCCAUGCCCAGACUCAAACUGGUGAUACGGCUUUAACAUAUGCUUGCGAGAAUGGCCAUACAGAUGUCGCCGAUCUUCUCCUGCAAUUUGGCGCAGACCUGGAGCACGAGUCGGAAGGAGGUAGAACUCCUCUGAUGAAGGCUUGCAGGGCUGGUCACCUAUGCACGGUACAAUUUCUCAUAUCUAAGGAUGCGGACGUCAAUCGGCCGACGACAAACAAUGACCAUACACCUCUUUCGCUCGCCUGUGCUGGAGGACAUCUCGCUGUCGUUGAACUUCUUCUUGCACAGACUGCCGAUCCAUUCCAUAAGCUAAAGGAUAACUCUACGAUGCUAAUAGAGGCAGCCAAGGGUGGACACACCAGUGUUGUCCAAAUUUUACUAGAUUAUCCUCACAGCAUCAUGAUGAGCACACCGCAUAACGGUGCACCGGCGCCAAUGUUGUUGCCUCAACAGCAGCAACCGCAACAACAGCAGCAGCAGCAACCACAGCAACAACAAACACAACAACAACAGAAUAUUGCUCAUCAACAGCAUGUGCCUCAUCAGCAACAGCCGCCUACCCAACAACAGCAACAACAACCACCGCAGCAACAAACCACCGAACAACCCCAAACUCAAAACCUUCAACCUAAACAUAACACCCAGAAAUCAUUGCUCAGGAAGAAUCGUUCAGUUCCCAUGAUGCCGGAUAUGAGUCUAACCUCCGCUGAAGCGCAGCAGGUUCGCACGCAACCCGCGGGCGAGUCCGUCGCUACCACCAAGGAUGACACGAAUAUCCUCGAUAAAGGCAGCGGGGGUUUUACUAGCCUUUCCGAACCUAACAUUAGCCUUAGCCCUGCACCAGCGCCGACACCAGCACCGGCCACCUCCGAGAGUCGGAAGAAUGCUAGGCAAGAGCAGAUUCUCCAUAAACAACAAAUUCUUGAGGAACUGCAGAGGGUAGAACGCGAGCUUCAGAUCAAGGGCGCGGGUCACCUGUUCUUAGGUUCUGCUGGUACGGCUACGGAUUCAAUUGGAAUUGUGCAGCAGCAACAACAGCCGCAGCAGCAGCAACAACCGUCGCAGCAACAACUCCCGCAGCAGUUGCAACCACCCCAACAAGACUCCACGGAACCAAUCACGCCAUUGCCAGGCAUGCUCAAUAUUGACCUACCUGCACAAUCAGUUGAAGCUUCUCAUGGGCUAGUAUGUAGUUCUCCGGACUUGCUAGAAGAACUUAUGAGCUCCGAAGAGAACGAGACGAGUCCUACAGCAGCAUUAAUCUCUUCGCAAGUUUAUGCCGCUUUUCUCGAGGGCAGGAAAAUUGGUCUGCAAUCGUGUUUACGAAAGGAGCAGGAGGCUUUACACCGAGGCUCUGCCAUUGUAGAAUCAAUUACUACCGUGACUGACAUUCGACCAAUGACUCCACCACUCCCUCUCGCGCUCUCUUCAAUUCCUGUAACGUCCGUUGUAACCCUAACCACUUCAAAUACAUCAUCGACAACAACCCCAAGUCCUCCCAGUGUCUCGACGCCUCCGACCGUCACGACCGUAUCCCAACCCAUAACUGCGAGCAGUGACGUAAGUCAGAAUACUGCUAUAAGUGAUCGGCCAAAAGCAAAGCCUGUGUCUAAGAAGGAGGGUAAGAACAUUCGGAAAGCAGCAUCAGGAAUGGCUGGCGGCAAAUUACAACAACAACAAGCAGCGUUGAUAGCUGGUUUCCAACAACAGUAUCAGCAGAAACAGCGACAACAAGUCUACCAGGUUCAGCAGGUCCACCACCUGCAGCAGGUCAACCAACAACUGCAACUGCAAUUGGAUCAGGCUCAGGUGCAGCAACAGCAACAGCAGCAACAACAACAACAGCAACAGCAACAAGGUGCUGAUGCCAGUGGGAGUGGCGGAGGUGGUAUACUUGUACCCAGUCAACAAAUAGCUCACACCCAUUCAACCCAUAAUCAUCGUCGACAUGCGCAGGCACCGCUUGAAAGAAAUCUUCAGGAGUUGGAGCCACGUUUGGCCAUGUUUUAUCUACAAGGACGUUUGGACGUUAUGAAGCACCGAGCAUUGGAAGAAAGUAGGCAAAUUCCUAUUGACGAUGUUGCCGAAAUUUUUGAGUCUAUUAGUUUUGAUGAUGUAUCUAAUGUAGCCGAAAAUCAAGAAAAGCUCGAAAUGAAAAAAUUGGAAGUGUCUGGUAGUAAAGAGCAACAACCACAGCAGCAACAACAACAACAGCAGCAGCAGCAGCUUCCGCCACAUCAUCAACAGCAACCGCAGCCACAACUACCUACACAGCAGCAGCAACCGCCCCAGCCACAACCGCAACAGCAACAGCAGCCUCAGCCUCAGCCUCAGCUUCAGGCUCAGGUUCAGGUUCAGCCUCCGCCGCCGUCCCAACAACAGGACCCAACACCGCAGCAACAGCAGCAGCAGCUACUGCAACAACAAUCUGGCCAGGUAACUAGUGCGGGUGUACAAAUUCAAACGGACAUAUCCGGAGGCUUACAGCCAGCAAGUAGGCAGGCCAUACAAGAUCAAAUAUUGAACGAACGAAUGAUGGAAUUUCAGCAAGGUUUUCGAGUUGCGCAAAGUAUUUGCAGUGGUCUUUUCCAGCCGCAACUGCUUUCACAGCCUUCUCAAUUGGCAUUUCCGGCUCAAACAUUACCAGCUGUUACGGAAGCUACUGAAGUAAUAGACACUCUACCUCAACCUUCCAAUGGCUAUGCCCAGUCCACUGCAUGCAGUACCCAUCAGGUCCAAGUAGCAACUCAGACUCAAGCGCCGGCAGCAACAGUUGCUGCCUCCAUAGUAGCACCUGAUAAGAAACAAGUAUGUACCGCACCACCUGCUGGGAAAGGAAAGAAAUCGAGGUAUCCUCUGCUUUCCCAGCAGCAAUCUUGUCAACAGCAAACAACUUCCACUGCCCAGCAACAGGGGGCUAAUUUCCCAGCCCAAAAUUAUCAACUGGAUCCAGCUGCAGUUGCUGGUCAAUAUACAACCGGUGUUUCGACAGUUGGAGCUUAUGCAGCAAAUCAAGUUCCACCAGCUCCAUUUUCCUGCAUGGAUGUUGACUCCGAGACGGAUAGUAAUCAUGACACUGCCCUAACAUUGGCAUGUGCCGGUGGCCACGAGGAACUCGUCGAGCUUCUCCUGAGUCGCGGUGCUGAUAUCGAGCACAGAGAUAAGAAAGGUUUUACCCCGCUGAUUCUGGCGGCAACAGCCGGACAUCAGAAAGUCGUGGAGAUACUUCUUAAUCAUGGUGCCGAUAUCGAAGCACAAUCUGAGCGCACGAAGGAUACGCCCUUAUCCCUUGCAUGCAGCGGAGGAAGGUACGAAGUAGUGGAGCUAUUACUUAACAGAGGUGCAAACAAGGAACAUCGGAAUGUCUCCGAUUAUACUCCACUGAGUCUGGCAGCAUCCGGUGGCUACGUCAACAUCAUAAAGCUAUUGCUUAGCCAUGGCGCUGAGAUUAAUUCCCGAACUGGUUCCAAAUUGGGCAUCUCUCCCCUCAUGCUCGCCGCCAUGAACGGCCAUACCGCCGCAGUUAAAUUGUUGCUGGAUAUGGGUAGUGACAUCAAUGCACAGAUUGAAACGAACCGCAACACUGCGCUGACCCUCGCAUGUUUCCAAGGCAGGCACGAGGUCGUCAGUCUUUUACUCGACCGCAAAGCCAACGUAGAACAUCGAGCUAAGACGGGGCUGACACCUUUGAUGGAGGCUGCUAGCGGUGGUUACGUCGAGGUAGGACGAGUAUUACUUACCAAAGGUGCGGAUGUCAACGCUACACCUGUUCCUUCAUCCCGAGACACUGCCCUCACCAUUGCUGCCGAUAAGGGCCACUGCCGUUUUGUAGAGUUGCUACUGUCAAGGGGUACGCAAGUUGAAGUGAAGAACAAGAAAGGGAAUAGUCCACUGUGGCUAGCCGCUAAUGGAGGUCACCUUAAUGUUGUGGAUUUACUAUAUCAUGCUGGCGCGGAUAUUGAUUCGCAAGAUAAUCGAAAGGUGUCUUGCUUGAUGGCUGCAUUUCGCAAGGGUCAUAUAAAGGUUGUCAAGUGGAUGGUGAAUCAUGUAACGCAAUUCCCAAGCGAUCAAGAAAUGACCAGGUACAUAGCCACCGUCAGCGAUAAAGAACUCCUGGAGAAGUGUCACGAGUGCGUUAAAAUAAUAAGGGCAGCCAAGGAGACUCAGGCCGCCAAGGCGAAUAAGAAUGCAACGAUACUUUUGGAAGAAUUAGACAUGGAGAAGACAAGAGAGGAAUCGAAGAAGGCGGCAGCUGCGCGACGACGUGAGCGCAAGAAAAAGAAGAAACUCGAGAAGAAGGAGGAGAAACGAAAACUCCACGAGGAAACGAAGAAAUACGAAACGAUCUACGAGGAUAAGGAAGAAAACGGUAAGAAGUCUGGUGACGAAGAUGACGACAGAGGAGACGACAGCGAGCAAGAGGCUGGGGACAAUUUAGAGAAAAUGGAGAAUGCACCAUCUCCGGUGAAUAGAAGUCCCGAGGAUCUUGACAAGGAGGAAGGCGACAGCGGUAUCGAUGCUAACAGCCAGGGUAGCUGCAGUAGCAACGACGUCAAGACUCGUGAGAAAAAGAAAGAAAAGAAAAAGAAGAAAAGUAGUAGUCCAAGCAACAACGAAAAAGAAACAUCUCCUCAUCGAUCACCAAAAGCGGUAUUAACGCCCAGUUCGAAUUUAUCUCAAAGUACGACGGUCACUGCUACUAAAUCGCAGAACACCAGCACCGAGAAGAGAACGUUAUCCAACGUUACCAAUACGGUGUCCACCUCUUCGAGCUCCUCUGUCUCGAGCACUAGAGCAGCUACCGCAGCGGCAGUCAGCUCUAGCGAACGGAAACAUAAGGGGCAGCUAGUUUUUGAAUCGUCGAGGCAUCCUGCAGACAGGGAAGACUUCGAGGCUACCGGUAACGAGACGUAUAUGCCUGGCAAGGGAAAGAAAUCAUACAGCAAUCAAUACGAUAGCGAUUCGUUAAAUACAUCUGUGAAAUCAAACAGUUCUACAAGUCCAAAGCAAGGUGGAAAACGCGAAGAAGGCUGGAAGGAAGUAGUGCGAAAGGGCCAAUCCGAUGAUUCAGGCAGGUUCAUGAACUCACCAUUCCGUUCAAAGAAAGUGUCAGUACCACCGAAUGCUAUCAGUCGAGUCAUUGGCAGGGGUGGCAGUAACAUAAAUGCUAUACGCGGAGCAACUGGUGCGCAUAUCGAGGUGGAGAAGCAAAGUAAAUGCCAGGGUGAAAGAAUUAUCACGAUAAAAGGGUCAUCCGAUGCUACCAGACAAGCUCACACGCUCAUAGCUGCUCUCAUCAAAGAUCCUGAUGUUGAUAUUCUCCAAAUGCUUCCGAAAUCAAAGCUACCCGUUGUUACAAACUCAUCCUGGGACAAAGCUAUCCCGACUAUCGCCGCAACGAAGGCGAAGGUGGGAUCAGUAAAUAAACCACCUAGUCUGGUGUCCAGUGCCACAGGCUCACAAGUCAACAAAUCUGGAUACACUUCAGGAAUUUCAUCGAUGGGUCAACUGGUGCCUAUCCGUUCCUCAGCUACAGUGAAAAUCACUGGCGCUUAUCCGGCACCUCUGCCACGAGCUACUGCCCCAAGACUAGUUGCCGCUGCCGAGAAACGAGCACAGGCAGCAGCCGCGGCCCAGAUGGCUUCUGCGUCGAAUACGAAAACGACAAUGUCGUACACGAGCGUAAUAAUGACAGCGGGACGUGCGACGAAGAUCGUCUCCACGAGCACGACCCAGACAUUCGCUGCUAAACUAUCCGAGAUCACUGCGUCGACUCACACCUCGACAACUGUCAUGCAGUCUUCUCACUCUGCAGGAAAUAAGCAAAAAUCUCAAGCCAACACUGUAACUGUAAUGUCAUCCACGGCUCCAGCUACGCCUCAAACUUCACCCCAGCAAGCCGUGACCAGCACAUCGCCAAAGCACUGCCGACCACUGCCUACCUUGUCAGCUCCGCCGACGAUGCCCUCGCAUUAUUCUGGAAAAUCAACUUACUCGCCUGGCUCGAACGGAGCGAAUUCUACUAUUGGUCCUGUCGUCUCGAACGGGUCUGAAAGUACUGUAGUGUCUACGUCAGCUAGUUCUGUCCGCGUGACACCCUCGCCACCAGCUGUCUCACAGCUCCCAACUAUUCAGCAACAGCAGCAGCAGCAGCAACAGCACAUGCGCAGCUCUACCCCUAUAGCACCCGUUAUGCAGGAACAGCAGCAGCAACAGUCUAGCAACACUCCCUUGGAAUAUUCUCUGUUUAACGAUACGUUUACAAAGGUAACUCAGCAGUCGAUGUGGGGUGGCCGAGAGAACGAAUCUCAGAAGGGUAUGAAUUUCGCGACGGUGGCUGGUGGUGGUGUCUCGGUGAAUACCUCUGGAGCAUCGUCGAACAAGUUCAUCGAUAGCGUUCCCCCGCAGGUGGAUGCCUCGAAGGCUCCUGGUUACAGAGGAACUGCCAUGUGUUCCCCGGUCUCGAGUAAAUCGAGUGGCACAAAUAGCGCACCAGGAAGUACUAUAGGUCGUGGUGUAUCGCCUUCCGCGGUACAUAAUCCAAUACAGCCACCGCAGUAUCAAUCAUCUGUAAAUUACAACGAACAUCCGCUUCCCAAUAAGCCACCCUCGAGCCUCGCUGUAGCACGUCCGUUGAUGCCACAACAGAAUAUGGAAAUGGGGGCUGGCAUGACACCAUUCAAUAGGCCAGUAUUUCAGGGCGAUCUUAGCUCUAGAAAUAACCCGGGUCAUCAGCCCCACGUCAUGCCGUCCACUUCCCAGCCGACGCUCGACGUCGGUCUCUUCAAGGGAAACAAUAGCGGCUACGAGCAUCCUAACGUUAACUCUAAUCUUCUGAAAAUGGUACCGAACGAAGGUCAACCUGGUCAUCCUCUGUUACCUUUUCAUCCUCAUAUACAAAAUUUUGCUCAGACAAUGGCACAAUCGCCAUCGGUCAAUACGACAGUCAGUAUGUCCAGACUAAAUCCCAGGGCACCUGAUUUCUCCAGCUCUCUUCAUUUAAACAACAAACCGCAAGUGACGAUGUUCAAUGCUGGAACUGGUAUUCAUCCCAAUAUGUUUGCCACUGUCCCGGCACCGCCGCCAUCCGCAAUACAAUCUAAUAACUUGGCAAUGGUGGGAAAUUUCCCAUUGGGAAAGUACCAAGCACCAUCUCGCGGUACGCCUAACACUAAUAUCUCAACAAACGGUCAGACACGAUGGCCAUUCGCACCACCUCACAACAGUUAUCCUCCUCAUCAAGAUCCUAUGAUGGGUCAGAUCAGUUUCUCGAAUCAUCUGGCAACAAUGACUGGUCAGCCGGGAGGUAUCGAUCUAAUAAGCGGUUUAGAAAAUGGUGGUUCACCUGCUAUGUCUCCCUCGUCGUCGGCGCAGGUCGCUCAGGAAAUGAAUCAACUUAAAAUCGAGGAUCGCAAAGUCCCACGACCAAUCGGCACCGAGAGGGCGUGGAAAAAUUAUUCAGCUGGCAUGGGACCAGGUGGUGAUGCGGAUUCCAUGAAUUGGAUGCUUAACAACGAAAAAUUUGUUGGAUCUUGGGCCAGUCUUGCACCUGGAAUGGAUAGACAUCAAAUGUAUCGCUCGAAUGCUUCAUUUAAUCGCAUGUCCAAUGUGGAUGCUGAACUUCAUCAGAUGGUAGAGUCUACCUUCCAAGGUCAUUUGGACAAUCAACAACCUUACCCUAAUGGAAGUGCAGCUGCGCUCUCUCUGAUGCCAGGAUUAGCCCUAUUGCCUGGACAAUUUGGAUCUGCAGGAUUACCGGAAUUGCCUCCAAACGAAUCUGCGAAAAUGGAACCACCAGCGUGGGGAAUGUCUGACGCCGUACCAGACAAACAACAUCCGGGAUGGAAUAAAUGGAGCCAUUAAAAUGGAAGAGCCUUUCAUCGACACACAGCUUUCCUCGUAUUACCUUGGACGAGAAUGACGAACCUGGAAUACAAAAAAUAGUAGUAGAUGAAACUGGCAUACGAAAAACCGUUGUUUCUAGACACUACAUAAAUUACAAUACUACCUAUAUUCAUUGACACACAGAUCCAUAUUACUUAUCAUGCUAGGUGAUAAGAUGGUAAAUCCUUACUACAAUUUAUUGCUAUUAUCUAUUAUACAUAUUCGAUACCAGUAAUUAAUGAACACGGUGCCUGUUGAUUAAUGCAGGAACACCAGAGCUAUGGAUAAUCGAUUUGAGUGACGCGUUUGGUGGACGUCGACCUUACGUCAUAUCCGUUCUCUCUUGAUCCUUUGAUAGUCACACGUACCUUAUCAAAGCUAAUCGAUAAUUGAUAUGCUGAUGAUGGUGACUGUGUCAUUCUGCCAUUGGGAUGGUCUCUACCUAUCUGUCUAACUUAAAUAACCUAUGAUACUUGCCAGACUCGUCACAAUAAAUUCAGAUAUCAUAAUUAUGUCGCCUUUGGCUUCUCUAGUAGCGAUGUUUUGCACAACAGCUCUUUAAUCAGUGAUUGACUGUUUCAUCAUGAUCAGUAAAGCAACAAAAAAAAAACACGUAACCUAUAAAUUUCUUUCUUUUUUUUUCGACUUAUUUAUGUUGAGAGUACCUAUUAUGAAAUAUCUAUUACUAUUUGCUAUAAGAAUGAUAUAACAAAAACAAUUUGAAAUACUAUGAAUAUACCAUGAUUAUGUAAAUAAUUGACUUUGUCAUGAAAUUCCGAUUACUUCCAACGCUGCGAAGGGAGACCGAAGGGGGCGAACUUUCUUUUAAGUUCGAUAGACUUUUCUUCUUCCCAGCCGUCGCGAUUAUUACAAUUGCUCCUUUCCUCCCACCGCCGCGUGCCAUUUUCUUACUGAUAAAAAAGAAAUUCGUCUCAUUCUUGUACUCUUCCAUCUUUAUCACGUUUUACAUAAGCGUCAUGGUUGCUUGACUCUCACGAUUAUCAUCAUCAUUCACGCGUACGAUGAAGCUGUUUAUCGCUUUCUUUCCUUACUCAAGUAAUAUCUUUCUUCGUCAAUCACACUUCUGACCAGGGUCACACAAAUCACACAUUUUUCCUCAGACACUGAUCUCGCGUGGUAAUCUCUGUUUUUCGUUAAUAUUUUUUUCUUUCUACUUCAACCACCUAGAUAAAUAUUGAACUCGGGUUAACGCCGUCUACUUUGUAUAACACAGCUUUACACAAAUUUAACGCUAGAUCCUCGAAUACCAAGAAAAACUCGAAAGCAAUUAUUACAAGCCAUCUUCGAAGGUUUCAUGCUCGGCAUGUAGUGUAAGCGAUUCUUGUUACCGUUAUUAUACAAUAUUUCACAAGGGACGAAGUACUUGUACCCGGAGUAAGGAAGAAAGAAGUCAGACUCUAAGGUCGCGCGGAUAGCUGUAAAGCCCACUAGAGGAAAAGACAAAAAUGAGAGAAAGGAGAUAUCCUCUAAGGUCGAAAGCGAUGACACGUGUAUAUGGGAUGACGCGCAAUUAAUUAAUUAAUAAAGACGAUGCCUGACGUUAAAUGUUCCUCGAGAUGUCUUAUCGUCAAUCAUCCGCUGCUAAGACAUACGAUAACACGUUUAUACUAAUGUUCAUCUAAUGAAAAAGGGACUCCGAGGGGAUGACUAUACUGAAGCACACACAGAUAUAAAUAUAUAUAACCCAUAGGGAUAUCUUUAACGAGUAUGAAAAAAGAAAAGAAAAAACACGUUAAACGAAGCGGAAGAACAAAAGCAGAACCACCAGUCUCCUUCAUUUUGUAAUAUCACCGUGAAAAUUAGUAUACAGGCGUUUGUAGUAAGUAUUUUUUAUGGAGAAAACAGCGAAAGAGAGAAAA